UUCCCUGAUCCGCCUCACCCCCUCAGUGACUCUGAGAUCCGACAGCGCUAGACAAGUGUUUCAUUUAUGAUCCCAGGACGUGUCUGCCUUCAAACCAAAGGUCACUACUACUGAGAGAAUCCCCCCGAGGAGGGAUUCGGUGUCCGGGCAGUGUGGAUGGCAGGCUGACGUCACCCACGUGUGCCCACCUCACCUGAGCAUCCAGAUCGGAUUAAGACACCACAGUAAAUCCCAACGAUUCACCUGAGACAGUUUGGUGAAUGCCUGAAAUCAUGAGUGUCCCAGGACCUCUGUCGAGGCAAGCCAAUGGAGUGGCCAGAUCCAACAGCAAGAUGAGCGCAAAGGCCCUCUAUGAGCAGCGCAAAAAAUACUCCAACUCCAACUUCAUCAUGCAGGAGACGUCGCAGUAUCACGUCGAGCAUCUCUCCACGUUCGUGAUGGAUAAGACGGAGUCAAUAGUCACUGUGGACGACGCAGUGAAGAAGCUGGUUCUUCUGGACUCCAAGGAUAAGAUCUGGACUCAGGAGAUGCUCCUGCAGGUCACUGACAAGGCGGUCAGGCUGCUUGACUGUGAAACGCAGGAAGAACUGGAGAACUUCCCCGUGUCCACGAUCCAAAUGUGUCAGACGGUGCUGAAUCAGACGCGCUACCCGUCUGUGCUGCUGCUUGUGUGUCAGGACAAGGAACAGCACAAACCGGACAUCCACUUCUUCCACUGUGACGAGGUGGAGGCUGAGAUGGUCCAUGCAGAUGUGGACAGCGCUAUUGGAGACAACAAGCAUGGGAAAAAAAUGAGACUUCAGACUCUGAAGGUGAACCAGGAGAAAAUGAAGCGUCACAGAGAGACCAUCCUCCCUCCGUCAGCCCCCAGGGGCCCCCCGCCUGUGGCAAAUCGACGCGUGGAAGCUGCUGCAAACACUCAAGACCGGCGAGUUUCGGGCCAGAAUGACCCGGAGUCUCAUGAAAAGCUGGCCCAACGCAUCGAGAAGGAUGUGCAAGUCCUCAACUGUGCUCUGGAUGACAUUGAGAUCUUUGUGGCGCGGCUGCAGAAGGCAGCAGAGGCCUUUUCUCAGCUCAACCAACGCAACAAGAGUAAGAAGAAUAAGAAGAAAGGACCAGCAGAGGGCAUGCUGACCCUGAGAGCCAAACCCCCCACUGAAGCCGAGUUCAUUGACAGCCUGCAGAAACUGAAGCUGGCCCUCAACCUCUUGGCCAAACUGAAGAGACACCUGCAGAAUCCCAGUGCUUCUGAGCUGGUUCACUUUCUGUUUGGUCCUCUGGAGCUGGUGAUGCAGAGCUGUGGAAGUCCUGAGCUGGCUCGUUCAAUCAUUGCUCCUCACCUGUCUAGAGACGCUGUCGACUUCCUGCGGGGACACCUCACCCCCAAAGAGAUGACGUUGUUUGAGCUGCUCGGGGACGGGUGGACCAGACCCAGAGCAGAGUGGCCCGUGGAUCAAUGCGCUCCUCCUUAUUACCCCAGAUUCCGGAAUGGCUGGGAGCCACCGGCGGAGCUUUUCAUGACUUCACCGUGGGAAACUGAAGGCCCAUCUCCACCACUAGGGUCCCCCACCAGCCCUGAUUUUAGAAAACUAUCAGCUGAUGACUAUUAUGGAAGACAUUCUCCCUUGAACGGGUCUAACGAUGGAAGUCCCAACGGCCGUAAAUAUGCCAAAAUCCGUUACCACUUUGUUGCGAGGAAUGCCAACGAGCUGUCAGUGCUGCAGGAUGAGAUCCUCGAGGUGAUAGAAGAUGACAAACAGUGGUGGAAACUACGAAAUCGUAGUGGGCAAACUGGUUUUGUCCCAUUUAACAUCCUGGAUGUUGUGAGGAUAGAAGAGCCAGAGAGCCCCCACGGCCAGAAAGGCUACAGGAUGUCGCCUUCUGGAUCUCUGAAACACGGAGACAGUUUCAAGGGGGCACAAAAAGACAAAAUGAUGGACGAGGUCAACAGCGAGCUUUUAAUAAAAAUCACUGAAAACAAAAAGCAGCCGCCUAAAAAGAUCCAAAUCAAGCGAUCGUCCACCGCUCAAGUUCCUCUCACCUACGAGUCGAAGCCACAGGAGGUGACCGUGUGGCUCAAUGCCAAAGGUUUCUCCAAAUCGACUGUUGAAUGUUUGGGAAUCCUGACGGGAGCUCAGCUGUUUUCCUUGAACAAACAAGAGCUGAACACCGUGUGUGGCGAUGAAGGCAGUCGCGUCUUCAACCAGAUCUCCCUGCAGAAGGCACAGCUAGAGAAGUCCCGCGGUGACUCAGAGCUGCAGGAAAUCAUGAAGCGGAGGCAGGAGAGGAUCGACUCCAGCUCCAAAGAGUGAAGAUGCUGAGCAACACGACCCCCUCCUCCCCCUCAAGUUUUCCUCCCUCACAGCUUUCAACGUGCAGCAGCUUACUAAAUCAGUUAACUGUUAAUAAUGAUCCAGUUUCAAAGAAGAUAAAACAUAUUCAUUUUUAAUUGUAUAUUUAUUUGUAAAACAUGUCUGUUAUUCAAGUGUCUCAUUUUUCUAAUUAUGUUGCAUUCCUUUCUGUCUAACCUUUGAAGAGAUUAUCAGCUGAAGCGGAUAAUAAUUUGUGCAAAUUGGUGUUCUUGUGCAUGACACGCCUGUGAUGUGCAUGUGUACAAUGAGUGCGGCAUCAAUGUUUAUUCUCCCCUUUUUAAAUAUCACAGCUGUUUACAAAAUGUCUUGAUGGAUGAGUCAAUCUUAGUUGUUUCAUUUUGAAAUCAGUGCCAGAUUUUUGACUAAUUUUAUGAUGCAUCGCCAAUUAUGUUCAUAUUAAAACUAGCAGGAAGAAAUAAGAGGCCGCCCCGUGUUUCUAAUGGCAAAUUUUAUCGCCAAGUAUUAAAAUAAGUACUUGGGGCUGAUUGACUAAAGCCACUCUUUUUUUAAUCAGUUAUACACAAUCAGUGAAACUCGGUGUAAUGAAUCUGCACGUGUGCGGUCGUUGUGGUUGUGGUAACGAUGCGAUGUGGUUCGUGUGUUGUGAACUCACAAAGGAAAAUUAAGAAUUAUAACCAUUAAAUUAGCUUUUCUGGUUUAAUAAUGAAAUGAAGAUGUUCUGUGUUGUAAAUAUCAACAUAAUGUUUGAAAAUACCAUAAUUAAAUUAAUUUACUUUGUAAAUACUUCAUUGCUGUUUUUUGUGCGCAGCUCCUCUGUUAAUGCUUUUUAGGGGAUAGAUGUGGAUUUCUGAGAUUUGUUAUCAAUUAAUAUUUGUUGCAGUAAGCUCUCUAACUUUAAAUGUGUGGAACAUUGUAAAUAAACAUUUUUAAUUAUUA